AUGACGAAACAAAUGGCAAAAGCAGUUCGGCAAAAAGCUUCCAGGGCAAAUGCUAACUUUUGUUUUGACAACACUUUAAGAAGCUCGAUCUCUGUUGAUCUUUUCGAACAAUUCUCUGACUGUGGAACGCUUCCAGGAAAUGGAAAAAGCUCGCCGACGGGAUUUGUUCUUGUGAGCGUUCAGCUACCAGAAUACGCCCCAUUUCAGAAGUCUAUUCUUUUGAGCUGCACACUGAACAGAGAGCUUAGGUUAGGGUCCAUUGAGCUUUCUUCCAACGUCUUUCAUGUUGAAAGGUGUGUUCCUGCUAUAGAUACUUGCACGCUCCAGCAUUAUGUCGGAAAUGUUCCCUCGUUAUCUCAAAUGGUAAUUGCGGUUCACCCUGGCCUCUACGAACAGCUUGGGAAACUUCCCAGUGCGCGAGAUAGAAUGCGAUUCGUCAUGGCAAAGAGUGGACUCGAUGAACACACUAUUAUCCAUAGAGGUGAUACGCUACUGGAAAAAUGGUGUUGUGUCCUCGACUGUGGUCCAUAUUUUCAAGGGAAACUUGAUCUUUCAUCAACGAAUGUUGUUUUCAUCAAAACGGAGAGCCCUUUUUUAUGUUCUAGCGCCGGUUCGCAAGUGCCUGCACUUAAAGAUCUACAGCUUUCGAAAAGUGAGAGAACUAUUGUUAGUUUGAGGGCUCUUGAUUUCCCCGUCAGCCACGAUGCUAUACGUCCGAGACCGUUGGAGAACGAAGACGAUUCCCUCUUUGUGUUUGCUCACGCAUCUACGUUUUUGAAGCUAGGGCUUACUGGUGGCUCCCUUGUUAAGAUUACAUUUGAUGGAAUCUCUAGAGUGGCUAAAGCUAUGGUGUUUUUAGCUCCCCAUAAAUAUGAGUCUGGUUUUCUUUAUGUUUCGCCUCGAUUACUAGCACUUUUCAAAUCUUUCGGUGUAGCAUACAUCGAGCCAAGUUCAUUGAGUCUUAAAGAUUUCCCCGUUGCAUCUUCUCUCUCUUUGGCACGGGUGGGGUCAUGGAAUAACGGCCAAAAGAUCUUUGAGAGCAUUAUUUCAAGAAAUCUUAUAAAGUUUUUGACAGGCAAAAAUCGCAUCCUCAAAUCUGGAGACCUACUCCCUGUGUCUUUUGAUUCUCAAUUGUCGCCGUUUUUUCAUGAUGGAGUUGAUGAAAUUGAUUUACAAGGAAAGCAUGAUUCUAUAGUAUGGUUUAGGGUUGAGACAGUUGACUUGGAAAACUCGAAAAAUUACACACAUGAGUUCAGAAUUGACGGUAAGAAGACCACGCUCUUCACGCAAAACUUGGUAUCAGAAGCGCCUUUAAGCUUGUCGCAAUGCAACUAUUUGUCUUAUUUCGGUCUCCCCUCCGUUUUUGAAUACGACCUUGGGUCGUUUAGCUAUGCAAAACGCUUUGUUGAUAUACUAAAAGUGGGUUUGAAGAACCGAAGCCAAAAAAAGUUACCCCCGGCAUCCGUUAUCCUCCAAUCUUCUAGUCCUUGUGCAGGAAAAAGUACCCUAGUAAGGUUCGCCUCGCUCCAUCUUGGCGCUCACCUUAUUGAAAUUGACUGUCUUUCUAUUAACUCCGCACAAAGCUCGGUGGAUGCGAUGAAUAACGUUGUAGGGUUUCUAAGGGCAAAGCUGGAACCUUUGCUUCCAUUUACCUCGCCAUCAAUAGUUUUUCUUUCACAUCUAGACAGUAUUGUUGAGAAAGAAGGCGAUCAGCAAGACUCCGGGGUCUCUAGGCUCAACAGGUCUUUGGCCCUUGAACUUGCUGCUUUGAUGGAUUUUUGUUCUGAGUGUGGCGAAGGGGCAAUAUUUGUUGGUUCAGUGAAAGAUGCUGCUAAGUUGCCGGAAGCUGUUCUAUCUAAAGUUCAAUUUGUUAUUGAUGUUCCUGUCCCUAGCGAAGUACAAAGAGAAAGAAUCUUUGAGUGGUAUCUCGAGAGUCGAGAGCUAAAUAGCUCCACUGUUAACCCUAUUCGUUUUUCUUCAGGUUAUGACGUCGUUGUUUCUAAACUGGCGCAACGCUCUGCAGGUCUUUCCCCGAACGAUAUCAAGUCAAUCGUUCAAACAGCAAAGACAAGGGCCCUUGAAAGAAAUCUCUCUAGUGAGUCCUUCUUUGAUGAGUACGCUUGUUCAGGGGACUUUGUUAUUAUUUCACAAGCGGAUCUAAUCGCAGCGAUCGAGGUUGCCCGAGACGAGUUUUCUGACACCAUUGGAGCACCAAAAAUUCCGAACGUCGAUUGGAAUGAUAUAGGCGGAAUGGACAUUGUUAAAGGUGAGAUUAUGGAUACAAUUGAUCUACCUUUAAAACACCCAGAAUUAUUUUCAUCUGGUAUGAAAAAACGCAGUGGAAUCCUUUUUUAUGGGCCCCCAGGGACAGGAAAAACCCUCCUGGCGAAGGCAAUCGCAACCAACUUCUCAUUAAACUUUUUCAGCGUAAAAGGACCGGAGCUGUUGAACAUGUAUAUCGGCGAAUCAGAGGCAAAUGUCCGCCGCGUUUUUCAAAAAGCUCGCGAUGCCAAGCCGUGCGUCGUGUUUUUUGAUGAAUUGGAUUCGGUAGCGCCGAAGCGCGGUAACCAGGGUGACUCUGGUGGCGUUAUGGACCGGAUCGUUUCACAACUAUUGGCUGAACUGGACGGUAUGAGCACGGGUGGCGACGGAGUGUUUGUAAUAGGGGCUACCAACCGCCCAGAUCUGCUGGACGAAGCCUUACUCAGACCUGGCCGAUUUGACAAACUUUUGUACCUUGGAAUAUCGGACACUAAUGAAAAACAAGAGAAUAUUCUGCGUGCCUUGAGCAGGAAGUUUACCUUACAUCACGACGUUGAUUUUUCGAAAUUAGCAGAGAUUUGCCCGUUCAACUACACCGGUGCAGAUUUUUAUGCGUUGUGCUCUGACUCCAUGCUGAAUGCCAUGACCAGAGUUUCGAAAGAGGUUGAUAAAAAGGUCGCAGACUACUGCAAAGCGCAUGAUAGGACAGUCUCUGUUCGUUAUUGGUUCGACAAAGUGGCCACGGAAGGGGACGCAAAAGUAGUUGUAAAAAUGCAAGACUUUUUGAAGGCGCAAAAAGAGCUUUCCCCAAGCGUUUCUCAAGAGGAACUAAAUCAUUACUUGAGUGUCAAGCGGAACUUUGAAGGAAUUUGA